ACAGCAGCAAGAAGAUCAGCGCCGCAUCGUGGAGCGUGACCGGAUGCUGGAUUUGGAGCGUGAGAAGGAGAAGGAGCGGCAGAAGGAGCUCGAGCGUCGAAGAGAGGCGAAGCGACAGCUGGAGCGCGAGAAGGAGGAGAAGAGGAGAGAGAAGAAGGCCAAGAAGAAGGAGAAGAAGGGUAAAAAGGGAGAGAGGAUCAGCAGCGAAAGCAGCGAUGGUGGGAUCACUCUAACAGGUCUGGUCGGCGGAACGCCAAUGUUAGCGCAGGAGGCCAAAGCCGCUUCCGCAGCCGCUAGAUCUGUGGACUUGGAUCUCGACGAGCUGCUAGCGACCAUUGAUUUAGAUGGGGAUGCCACCAUCGAGCUCGAUGCUGUGCCGGCACGAAAGACAAAGCCGCCGACCACGGCAGAAAAGCCGCAGAAUGUUGCCAUCGAGCUGGAUGCCGCGCCGGCGCCAAAGAAAGCAAGAGGCAACACCAAAGAGAAGGUUCAGGAUGGCGCGAUAGAAUUGGAUGCUGCCCCGGCACCAAAGGAAGCAGCGGGCAAAGCCGCUAGUCCACCGGACGUUGCCAUCGAGCUGGAUGCUGCACCGGCACCAACAGAAACAGCAAAGGAGCAACCGAAGGUUGCUACGGCGCAGGAUGCUGCGCCGACCGAGACAUCUGACAACUCUGUUGACAAGCCACCGGAAGCUGCGACUGCUGCACCGGUACCCACGGAAGCAGCAGACACGACCAUAGAAGGACCGAAGAAGGGUGCCGCGACGCAGGAUGCUGAGCCUCUGACGAAGGAAGCUGCAGACAGCAUUGUGGAGCAAGCAGCGGAUGCUGCCGAGCAGGUGGAUGCUGCGCCAAAGCCAAAGGAAGCAGCAGAUAGCAAUGCAGAUGGUGCCGCAGUUGCUGUACUGCCACCAGCCGAGCCAGACACAGCACGACGGGCAGAGGAUGGCGCCAAGGCGGCGGCGCUGCCGCCAGCGGAGCCGAAAACGGACGUCGCCAUAGACAUUGAUCUCGACGAAGCACCGUCGAAGACAGCGGCGACGCCAGCAGAUCCCAAGGCGGCAGCGCUGCCGCCGGCUGAGCGGAAAGUGGACGCAGCGAUCGACAUUGAUCUCGACGAUGGGCCUGCGCCGACAAAGACGAAGGAUGGCGCCAAGGCGGCGGCGUUGCCGCCAGCGGAGCCGAAAGAUGUCACCAUAGAUAUUGAUCUCGACGAUGCGCCUGCGCCGACGAAGGCGGUGGCCAGUCAAGCAGAGGGCUCCCCUCCGGUUGCGGCGCCGAAACCGGCGCCACGAAAACGGCGGAGGGCAGAGGAAGUUGAGGUGGUCGAGGUAACUCCCACCACAGAGAAGGCCACCCCGCUGGGGCACGGAGAUUCUGGGAUCCUUUAA